GCCUCCUAGUCGCCACCGUGGUAGGCUACUGGUUGCCCUCACUGCAGGUCUGCAGUACUACACAGGCGCACAGCUGCGCCUCGCUACCUCGGCGAGCGACCGACGAGCCGGCCGGGAGCCAUGGCCACCACGGAGCCGCAGCAGAUCGAGCACGUCCACCUCCCCGUGCGGGGGCUCACCCUCCACGUCGCGCAGGCCGGCAAAGGGGAGCUCGGGACGGUGGUGUUCCUGCACGGGUUCCCGGAGAUAUGGUACUCGUGGCGCCACCAGAUGCUGGCCGUCGCCGCCGCGGGUUACCGCACCGUCGCGCCGGACUGGCGCGGGUACGGGCUCUCGGACCAGCCGCCGGAGCCGGAGGCGGCGGAGUACGACGACCUGAUUGAGGAUCUCCUCGGCAUCCUCGACGCCCUCGCCGUGCCCAAGGCAUUCCUUGUCGGAAAGGAUUUUGGAGCCAUGCCAGCUUAUGAUUUUGCUCUCCGUCACCCAAACCGCACAUGUGGUGUGAUGUGUUUGGGCAUCCCUCUCGGUACCGCUGGUUUGUCCUUCAACACAUUACCAGAAGGAUUCUAUAUUUUACGUUGGGCGCAACCAGGAAGAGCAGAGGCUGACUUUGGCAAGUAUGAUGUCAAGAGAGUUGUACGCACCAUCUACAUACUCUUCUCUAGAAGUGAAAUCCCUAUAGCUAAGGAAGAUCAAGAGAUCAUGGAUCUUGCAGACUUGUCAACACCCCUUCCACAGUGGUUUACCGAGGAGGAUCUUUCUGUCUACUCAUCCCUCUACGAGAAGUCUGGCUUUCGAUAUCCGCUACAAAUGCCAUACAGGUCUAUGCAUCAGAGGAAAGCAAUUGGUGAUUCAAAAUUCCAAGUCCCGGUGUUUGUUGUCAUGGGGGAGAAUGAUUAUGUCUUCAAGUUUCCUGGUAUUGAGUCUAUUAUGAAAGACGGUAUUAUGGAGAAGCAUGCACCAGACCUAAAGAUCACCUACAUCCCUGAAGGGGGCCAUUUUGUGCAGGAGCAAUUCCCAGACUUGGUGAAUGAGCUCCUGCUCGGCUUCUUGAAAGACCAUCCUAAUAUUUAGAUGCCUCUAUCAUGGCACUCUUCAACCAUACUACAAUUUCGCCUGAAACAUUAUAUUGUACGGUACAAAUUAUGAUAUUAAUUAUCAAUGAACGAUCUGUUACGGUCAAUGUUACUUUUAGUUAUGCUAGUUAUGUGUGAACUUGUUAUACCUUGUUUGUGUGGCUAGUGUUGUCAGCAAUGGGAAGACAAUACUAAUUAUUUUGUUCUUAACAUGGUUGUUAUGCCCUGAUUCUAUCAAGUC